CCAUCCUGGGAGUGUUGGCUGCCGCCUGAGGUGCUUUCCUGGGGUUACUGCCGUGCGCCCAAAGGCCUCCGGCCUCCAGCCACAGAAAUAGGCCCCUGGAGGAGCAUUCAUCACCCACGCUCCAGGCUGUCUUCUUCUGCAGUCGUGUGGGACAGCUUUGCUAGUCAACUGACUGGAAAUAAUUCCUCGGAUACCACGUCAAGGAUACAGAGCCUGGCAAAAGAUCACCAUGAACAAAAUCAGAGGGAAAGGACAGAUAGAUGUUACAUCUCUCAGGGAGAGCAACUAAGAGAAUCCUAGAAGCCACAAGCCAAAGAGUUCUAAAGCGGAGCUUUGAAUCUUUUGGGGAGCAAUUGCUAACAGGAGUUGAGCUCCCCCUGUUGUGUGGCCGUUCUGGACCGGAAGUUUGGCAGCUGAGGCCCGAAUCUUUAUGACACGGAACUUUCCCCUCAGCACAUGAGUUGGGACUUCCACGUUGUGACAUGGACGAGUCUUCAGUGACGCUUGGCACAAUAGACGUUUCUUAUCUGCCCAGUUCAUCAGAGUACAGCCUUGGCCGAUGUAAACACACAAGGGAGGACUGGGGAGACUGUGGGUUCAAAACUACCUUCUUCAGAUCCGCGACACUGAAAUGGAAGGAGAGCCUCAUGAGCAGGAAGAGGCCCUUCGUGGGAAGGUGCUGCUACUCCUGCACGCCGCAGAGCUGGGAAAGGUUUUUCAACCCCAGUAUCCCAUCUCUGGGUUUGCGGAAUGUUAUUUAUAUCAAUGAAACUCACACAAGGCACCGAGGAUGGCUGGCAAGACGACUUUCUUACAUCCUUUUUGUUCAAGAGCGGGAUGUCCAUAAGGGCAUGUUUGCCACCGGAGUCACUGAAAAUGUUCUGAACAGCAGCAGGGUCCAGGAGGCGAUUGCUGAGGUGGCUGCUGAGAUGAGCCCGGAUGGAUCGGCCCAGCAGCAGUCUAAAGCCCUCCAGAAAGUGAAGAAGAAAGCCAGAAAGAUCCUGCAGGAGAUGGUCGCCACCGUCUCCCCAGGCAUGAUCAGGCUGACUGGCUGGGUGCUGCUAAAACUCUUCAACAGCUUCUUCUGGAACAUUCAGAUUCACAAGGGUCAGCUUGAGAUGGUCAAAGCUGCGACAGAGACGAACCUGCCGCUCCUGUUCCUGCCGGUGCACAGGUCCCACAUUGACUACCUGCUGCUCACCUUCAUUCUCUUCUGCCACAACAUCAAGGCCCCGUACAUCGCCUCGGGCAAUAAUCUCAACAUCCCCAUCUUCAGUACGCUGAUUCACAAGCUUGGGGGUUUCUUCAUCAGAAGGCGGCUCGACGAGACCCCAGACGGACGCAAAGACGUUCUCUAUAGAGCGUUGCUUCACGGGCACAUAGUUGAACUGCUCAGGCAGCAGCAGUUCCUGGAGAUCUUCCUGGAAGGCACCCGCUCCCGGAGUGGGAGGACCUCGUGUGCUCGGGCAGGACUGUUGUCAGUGGUGGUGGAUACGCUGUCCUCCAACACCAUCCCUGACAUCCUUGUCAUUCCCGUGGGCAUCUCCUACGAUCGGAUAAUCGAGGGUCACUACAAUGGUGAACAGUUGGGCAAGCCCAAGAAGAACGAGAGUCUGUGGAGUGUGGCCAGAGGGGUCAUCAGGAUGCUGCGGAAAAACUACGGAUAUGUCAGAGUGGAUUUUGCACAACCGUUUUCCUUGAAGGAAUACUUAGAAAGCCAAACUCAGAAACCAACGUCUACUCCCCUUUCCCUGGAGCAAGCCCUGCUGCCAGCCAUUCUUCCUACAAGGCCUAAUGAUGUUGCAGAAAGUGAAGACACACCCAGCGGUGAGCCCAGAAACACAGCAGACGAGGCCUUCCGAAGACGGCUGAUUGCGAACCUGGGCGAGCACAUUCUCUUCACGGCUAGCAAGUCCUGCGCUAUCAUGUCCACCCACAUUGUGGCCUGCCUGCUCCUCUACAGACACAGGCAGGGAAUCCACCUCUCCACAUUGGUGGAAGACUUCUUCGUGAUGAAGGAGGAAGUCCUAGCUCGUGACUUUGACCUGGGAUUCUCAGGGAAUUCAGAAGAUGUAGUCAUGCAUGCUAUUCAGCUUCUGGGAAACUGUGUGACAAUCACCCACACUAGCCGGAAAGACGAGUUUUUUAUUACCCCCAGCACAACUGUCCCAUCGGUCUUUGAACUCAACUUCUACAGCAACGGGGUACUUCAUGUCUUUAUCAUGGAGGCCAUCAUAGCCUGCAGCCUGUAUGCACUUCUGAAUAAGAGGGGCUCGGGAACGUCUGCUGGCGGCCCUGGUAGCUUGAUCAGCCAGGAGCAGCUGGUGCGGAAGGCAGCCAGCCUGUGCCAUCUUCUUUCCAACGAAGGCACCAUCUCGCUGCCCUGCCAGACGUUUCACCAAGUUUGCCAUGAGACAGUGGGGAAGUUCAUCCAGUACGGCAUUCUUACCGUGGCGGAGCAAGAUGACCAGGAAGAUGUCAGUCCUGGUCUCACAGAACAACACUGGGACAAGAAGCUUCCAGACCCCCUGAACUGGAGGAGUGAUGAAGAAGAUGAAGACAGCGACUUUGGUGAGGAGCAGCGAGAUUGCUAUCUGAAGGUGAGCCAGUCCAAGGAGCACCAGCAGUUCAUCGCCUUUCUUCAGAGGCUCCUGGGGCCCUUGCUGGAGGCCUACAGCUCUGCCGCCAUCUUUGUCCACAACUUCAGUGGUCCAGUCCCCGAGGCUGAGUAUCUGCAGAAGCUGCACAGAUACCUUAUCACCAGGACAGAGCGGAACGUCGCAGUGUACGCCGAGAGUGCCACAUACUGUCUUGUGAAGAACGCUGUGAAAAUGUUUAAGGAUAUCGGGGUUUUCAAAGAGACCAAGCGAAAGAGAGUCUCCGUUUUAGAACUGAGCAGUACUUUCCUACCUCAGUGCAACCGGCAGAAACUCCUGGAGUAUAUUCUCAGUUUUGUGGUGCUGUAGGGAUCUCUUAGCACCUGUGGCGAGGGAGGGGCUGUAGAUGAGUCCCUCGCAGGCUCCAGUCUGACCCAGAGUGGCAGGUGUCCUGGUGUUGACCCAGCCUGCCUUACCCCGAGGAGAUCUCCAGGAAGAUGUGUGCCUUCUGCCCCCUUCCCCCCAACCCCGUGGACGCUCCCCCCAACACAGUCACAGUGUCCUGCGCAGAGACUCCGUCGGGGCCAGUGCGGUCUGACUCAUGAUCACUAGGUCACUAGGUGAAAUCUCAGUAAGUUAUUCCGGAGUUGAUUAAAGGUUCACAUUUUAAGUUUGACUUUUAAGGACUAGUUACUGUGACGGACACAGAGGCGUGUGAAGAACUGACUCUUGUAUGUAGUGACCUUUCCUUUAAGACAGUCGGGUCAUCCGUUCUCCGUCUCCGUCUUACCGCUGUCAGCAGAGCUGUGGUUAUGUGAGAACCCUUGCGUCUCAAGCGCUUUACUAAGGAAUGACUCUGCCCUGGGCUGGCAAUCUCCGCAUGUGUUUGAAUAGCUGCCUGAAAGCAGACGAUACUGUGUAGAGCCGGAAGCGAGGUGUUGUAACAAAAGAGCCCGUGUCAGGAGGGGGUCUGUGAAGCUGUGCCUGGCCAGGAAAGUGGCGCUGGAGGCCUUGCUCACACGGCGAGGAGCCACCGGGCUGUAAUGCUCACCAAGGGUUUAGAAUUGCCUGCUGUUGGCUGGCUGUGCCCUCCCAGCCCUUUAAGGGCAGGAGUCUGCCGCUGCUUAGGGGUCCUCCAGCCGGUGAGCCUGUGAGCUGCGUCCUGGCUCAGCUGGAGGGACCGCUGGCCUGUCGCACCCUGGGUGCUGCACCCAGGUCUGGGUGACCAGUGCUCAGUGGCUCACUGUGCAGCCUGUGUGGCAGCCACAGUGACCUGCAGAGUGGCAGAUGGUUGGAGCCUUUGGAUUUGAAGCUCUGAGAAGGACCCUUGGUUCCUUAGACAUUUAUGUGGUCUACAUACCCAAACUCCGUUGCCACUUGAAGGCAAAUAAUAUGAAGAUUUUCUGUUUUCAAUGGGUAGGUGCCUUUUUGUGAGCAAGGAGCAUAAUUGCUUGUUAUUUGUGGUAGUUACGUAGUUUCUUAAUGAUCAUGUGACAUUAACAAUCUGUUGUCCGUAUCUCUAUCAUUUUAUGGAAUUAAGGAUUUUUCUGAUGAGUGUUCCAUAGACGAUUUGAAUUUAUAAAAGUAUUAGGGAUGAGCUUUUGUACUUUCCUGACUUGAAUUUUGAACACUGAUAGCAUCCAGUGAGAGGCGUGUGUGUUCGGGGCGGGUGGGGCCCUUCCUGGCAUCACACAGGGAUGGCUGGUUUGGAGCUCAUCGCCGUAAUGCUGUGCUCCGGUGGUCCCCACCCUCCCGUUGCGCACGCCAGAUCUCCCUUCCCUCUGGGUCAGUUCCCUGUCAGUUGUGGUGACGUGGGUGUGGAGUGAGAUGUCACCUCUAGCCAUGAAUUCCUACUGACCGUAGAACUGCCCUUCCCUUCCGCUGGACUUGGGGAUGCCCAGGGAGUCUGGCUUACUCCCUUGGGGCGCCCUUCUGGGGACUCCAGUUAGUCUUUCUUCCUUACCCUCUAAAUGCAAACCGAAGGUGGCUCCCUCUGUCAGGUGGCUGCAAAGCCGCGGACCUGACCUCCCAGUGGAUGCUGCCGCCCCGCCCGCCCGUCACCUGCAAAUAAUGGCGCCUCUGCAGCCUGAGCAGAGGAACACACGCACACUUCCCUUGCUGUGCUCUCCCUUUUGUCCGGCUCAUUUUAGGGAUUGCGCUGACUUGCUGUCGGCAGACACUUGGCUCACUGUGAGGAAAAGCCCACAUGCUUUUUGUAAUUAACUGGUGCUUUGAGACCGAAUCCCAACCAAAGCUAUGCGCGUCCCGACAAGCUGACCCUUGAGUUAAUUUAGCACAACUCAUUCUUCAGUGCCUCGUCAGGAAGAGGGAGACACAGAAGGCGCCACAGUAAGGCUUGCAGGCAGCCUGCUGGCUGAUAGAGACAGUCCCUUGUUUCCUGCCGUGGGUGGCAUCCUCGGAAUGAAACAAACCAGGUGCUUGUAUCUAACUUACUACAGUUUACUCUACUGCAUUUCUGUCAAACCGAAAUGCAUGCCCUUUAGGGGAAGACUGUGAGACAAGUUAAAAUAAAUAAAAACCGAAUAGUAAGCAAUAUGAAGCUGCACUCUGUUUUUAAAUGGGGCUAACCCAAGUAGCUCAGAGAGGGCAAGGCUGUUCGCUUCUCUCAUCCGAAGGGAAAUGAAGGCAGAAACGAGUUAAGGUGAGCACAGCCAGUAAUGUGCUGCACCCUUGGCUCUGGGUGCAGAAAUUAGAUCUGGGAUGGCAGUGCAGGGGACCUCAGACGGGAGUUUCCUGCGCCCUGCUCUCCUAUUGUGUUUGCAUCAGGUGGGUGCUCUGGGUGUUGCUGGGUUUUGGGGUGCGUGGGAAUGCUACGGCGCAUUGCAGAGCUGAAAGGGUCUGCAUUCAGCAAUACAUAACCUGGAAUUCCCCAAACUGCUUUGACCUCAGGACCUUUCUCCCCUCUGGGACACCUCACUGCACGCUGUGGAAACUGUAUUCACUAGCUCGUUGAGCAGACCAAAUGGCCCCAAACAGAGUUUGCAUGCUUCUGUGUCGUCCCUGAUGCAGCCCGUGGACGUUAUUUUUCCUUGCUGGGAAGAGUGAGCAUAGGGCAUUGGCUGGAGCGCUUUCCUUUGGUGGAAAUCAGCUACCCAUGGCCCUGGCCUUUUAAAACAAAGUGGCAGAAUUAAUACAAGGAUUGAUUGGGGUAAAUAAUGAAGGUUUUAAUGUAGAUCUAGAAGAAAACACUGCACAAUUGAAUGCAGAUUUUUAUCCAUAGACAACUGUAGUGUUUUGCAAUGAUAGACCCUAUCUUUGAGGUUUAUAAGACUUACUAUGGGUUGUAAAUCUGAUUUUUAAAAACACUUUUUAGGAGCUUGAGAGCUGCCAUCUGGCAUUUAGUUUAGUACAACCAAUGACAGCUUCUAGAGGCUCUUGACCUUACUUCCCAACAGCUAAAGGGCUAACUGUCUCUAUGAGGUGUUUGUUACAUUGUUUGCCCAUUGUACAGAGUAUACUAGAUUGUUGUAAAAAGAAUUGCUACUGUAGAAUAGCACUGUAUGAUUUUAUGAAUGACACUGCUUUGGAAAUGUUGGCUGAUUUUUAUGCCUGAUGAUGGUGUAUCCUGAAAAGCAUGGAAAUGGAGUUUUGUUUUAAUAAAUCAGAAAAAAACCCCAA